GGUAUUAUUAUGUAUCAUGUAAUCAGGCCCUUAGACGGCGAUCAUUUCAAAUUCAAGGUUUAUUGACUGGCAGUCUAGUGUAGCAGGCAGAUAAGUGGUAUUUUUGGAACUGAGAUCUUUGUUCGUUCUGCUAUAUCACGCUAGUACAGUAACUGUAAGGCAUCGCAGUUUAUAACUCUAGUGCUCAAUAUAGAAUCUUUUUGGUGACAAAUAUUGUGAUAGCAUAUUUUCGGUGAGCUUCAGUAGUGUGAGGUGAAAUGAAUGCGUUCAUCUCAAUGAACCCAACCCUACACGGGUCUAAUACCUGGGGAAUGUUUAAUGUAUCUAGUCUGUUUGAUGGAUACAAAACUUCACUUGCGCUUCGCUCAGACAAUUAUCUUAAAAAGAAUGGUUCCAGCUCAUUUAAGAAAUAAAGAAAAACGAAACUUUCCCCUUCCCAUCGCCCUCAUGACCUUUUUUCAUGUUCUCUGUCCAAAGUCCAGCGAUGCUCGGAGUGUAUAUAUAUUGAUUACAUUUCCUUCCUUCCCCUCUUGUAAACAAUAUACAGCAGAAAUGCAAAACCAUAAUAAGAAUAAUAUCAAAACAUAACCAUAUCUGGGCAUUUGAACUUAACAUAAUAGAACAGUAAAUUAUCCGUCAAUGAAAAAAUGCCAGCAUUGAUCAGGCGAAAACGAAUCUAAACAAGGGGACUUCCCUCGCCUCGUUCUCGAGCAGCGCAAUGAACAGAAAACCCUACAUAGUGUCACACGCAGUUGUUUGUUGAGUUACAUGUAUUGAAUUGUGAAAUGUAAAUAACCGAUUUUUCGCUAUUGCUCGGACACAACAGAACAGAAUGAUAAUGCAAUACUGGCAAACCUCUGCACGGAGAAUUUGAAGUGCUUUAUCAGCGUCACGUUUGGUGAUACCUCAAAAUUUCAACCAAAAUUGUGUGUUCUCUUAGUUCACGAAGUACUCUUUCAUUUCCUUCAAUUCCCCUAAAAUUCUGUAUCUUACUUUCGGGAAAUCAGAUAGCCUGGUCGAGAAUGCUGAAGUGGCCUCUGCCCCCUGGGCACUGAACUCGACUGGCGGAAAUGAGAGAGUAGGAUCAACUUGCAGCGCUUGAGUUUCGUUCGAAGGACUGUUUGAAAGCCUUAGUCUGAAACAGACUGGUUUCAUUCCUUAGUCUGAAACAGACUGGUUUCAUUACAUCCGAGCAGUGACUGCACAUAAAACACUGUAAACCUUCCCCCUUCCCUGCCCCUUCCAGACGCUCGAUAUGUUUUUCGACUCCGAGACAGCAUUUACAAACGAAGAUUGACUGAUUGUCACUUCCCUUGUUCUCUCUUCAAAACAAUACACAGCAAAAGUCCAAAACCAUAAUGAGAAAAAAAGUGCCCUGUCAUUCCAAUAUAUAACCAUAUCUGGGCAAUUGAACGUUAGAUAAUAUAACAGUAAUUGGUAAAUUUCCCGUCAGUGGAAAAAUGCCAGUACUGAUGAAACCAAAACGAAUCUAAACAGGGGGAAUCCCCGCGCCUCGUUCUCGUGUAACAUGAAGAAAACAAACGGACGCCGACUGAAAUUAACCCAACCUCACUUUAACGCCCAUUGCUUGAUCUUGAUAGAAGUUUCACUUGAACAUACGCCGAUUUUUUGCCUUAAGAUCAUGGCGGCUAAUAAUUUUGGUUCUGCUAAGCCGGUUUAUAGCCCUUACGGUGGUAGCAAAGAGUCCCUUGUCAUAGUGGACGAGACGGAAGCAGUCUGUACAGGGAGUAUAAACGGCGACUGCCGUGAUCGCUCUUCGUCUUUGAUCUCCAUCGUGUCGGUUCAUCACGAAGAUGUCGUAGGUUAUGAUGACGGUGACAGUGAUAGGGAAGCAGCUGCAAUAGAAGACAACAAACCUGUGACCAAAGACGAUGUUAUUAUGAACUUGAGCUUAAGUUCUCCAUCGUUAAGGAAGCUGCGUUGGUUUCUACAGAUCACUUUUCUGUGGCUUCCUCAAAACGCAUCGUCCGCACGGAAGACGUUUUACACUGCGAUGCAAGUGCUCAUCGUUGCUUUCCUGUGUGGUUGUUACGCGUUCGACAUGGGAGCAUUCCACAACAGAUCGCUGAUCCAAGACGAAUUGGGGGAGACUGUAACAGCCGCUAAGAACAUCAUCUGGUCCUUCAGGUACCUCGAGAUGUACAUUGUUGGCAUCUUGUACUUUCGAAAGCGCCACUUGGAGAAAAUGCUUUCCGAAGUGAUUUUGACCAGGCGAUACUGGAAGAAAGUUCGGCGCACAAUCCUCAAGGUCAGCAUUGCCGUGUUUCUCUUUGUCUUCGUCGUGCCAGUGACUUCGAAAAUUGUUCAGAUGAACUUAACAACGAGGAAAGUGGAAUCAUUCAGCCUCAAGGAGAUCCUCUGUAGUGUUUCCCUGUCGAUUAUGGCUCGAAUUGUAGCUCUGCCUAUUUUUCUAGCCUUUAUCUAUGUCGUAUACGUCACAUUCAGCCAAAUUCGCCUGUUCAAAGAGCAACUUCAAAAGUGGCCCGAGGGAAUGAAAGAGGAAGCAAGAAAUCGGUUCAUUGACAUUAAAACUACCAUCCGAGACGCAGAGAGGUCUUUUCAGACUUUUCUAAUAGCACAUCUGCUAUUGCUGCUGGUCCUUCUCAUACCAGCCAUAUUUUCUUGCGUCGAGCGCCUUCAAAGUGAGAGCCACUAUGAGGAGACCGAUACUGACCAAAUGGAAAUGAGAUCCGCUCUUAAGCCUCCGGGAAAUACAGAAAAUUUCAUCGCCGCUGUCAAUGGCACUUAUUACCAACGGCAACAAGUGACCUUCCUGUUAAAGCUACCGGCGAAUUAUGGUCAAAACACAACGCAUAACGCACCUCAUAAGCGCACUGUAUCCAAGACUGAUGCAGCUGGAAUCGCAAAGAUCGUUUGUGCCAAUUUGGGUGGUUUCGUGGAAAUGCUGGUGCUGUACAGCCUCCCGUUAAUUUUCUUGGCCAAACUGCACAAGAUCAUGGCUAGUCUCCCUGAAGUUGUCCAGGAUCUCAAGUUCAGUGAGCAAACAAAACAUGGAUAUCUGUUCCAAAACAAGCAAAUCCAGGAUGAAGUAAAGGGAGAUCUUUCAACAGGAAGGGGCAUUCAGAUACUCCGCAUGAAUUUGACGGGCAUCAAGGCCGCUCUUUUAACACUCCUUAUGCCUUUCCUUACAACCGCUAUUCACUUGUUAUUUCUACAUGUAGACCUAAGCUGAAUUCUGUGGGUAGGCUCCCCUUCCUCAGGGGGGACUCCCAUAUAAAAAGAACAGGGGUGCUCAUCGGAAAUGAGAGGUACCAAGAUUCUGUUUUGUGGAUGUGGCUUGAACUAGGAGGUACCAAUUCUAAAAUAACACAUUAUCUCCAAUCAUAGUUUUUUCAGAUCAAUACCCUAAAAUAUUCUGCAAAAGCUCCUACUGAGGACCUUUUGGGGCUGAACAAGCUAGGAGGUACCAAAACCAAAAAACCCUAUCAAAACUACCCGUACCAAAACC